CGGAGGGAGUAAGUGUUAAAAUUAGGAAAACUUGGCGCUAAAAACAGAAACACACAACACAAUUCUACAAAUGGUGAACUAAAUCGUGUCCGAGUUAUGCGUCACGUAGCUACGCACAUAGUUUUAUUACCUCAAAAGCUAAAUAUAUUUCACCAUCAGAAACGUUUAUUCACAACUCACCACGAUCCUCAUUUAACAAAUAUCGAGUUUUUGUUACAGACAUGCUUACAACAUUGCAAGCAAUUACAGACCCACGUAGCGUUCGACCAAUUUCCUGAGAGAGUUAAAAAUUCUUUACGAGUGUGUAAAUUAGUACAUUGUCAAACUUUGAAACUUGGGUAUGGUUUAGCAGGGAAAUUAGGAAAUGCCCUUGUUAGUUUCUAUGCGAAAUGUGGCAAUUUGGAGUUUGCCGAGAAGGCGUUUUUGCGGGUUGUGAAUAGAGAUACAUUGGCUUGGAACUCGAUUUUGUCGAUGUAUUCGAGGCGGGGAAUGGUGGAAGAUAUUGUGUGCUCUUUUGGGUCAAUGUGGAAUUGUGGGAUGGUGCCUGAUCAGUUCACUUUUGCUAUUGUUUUUUCGGGGUGUGGUAGAUUAGGGAAUGUGGAGUUGGGAAAGCAAGUGCAUUGUAAUGUUGUUAAGAUGGGGUAUGAGUUUAGUCAGUUUUGUGAAGGUUCUUUGAUUGAUAUGUAUGCGAAAUGUGGUUGUGUUGUUGAUGCACGGAGAAUAUUUGAUGGUGCUGUUGACCCUGAUACGGUUUCUUGGACUGCGAUGAUUGCAGGGUAUGUUCAAAGUGGUUAUCCUGAUGAGGCAUUGAGUGUAUUUGACGAUAUGCAGAAAUUGGGUCGUGAACCAGAUCAGGUGGCGUUUGUUACUAUUAUCAAUGCAUGCAUGAGCUUAGGAAGGAUUGAUGAAGCUUGCCGCCUUUUUGGCAUGAUGCCUAACCGGAAUGAUAUCUCGUGGAAUGUGAUGAUUUCAGGACAUGCUAAAAGAGGUUACGAGGUAGAAGCUGUUACAUAUUUUAGAAAUAUGACAAUAUCUUGUAUAAAACCCACAAGGUCAACCUUAGGAAGUGUUUUGAGUGCAAUUGCGAACUUGUCGAAUCUUGACCAUGGUAUGCAAGUUCAUCCUCUGGCAACCAAACUGGGGCUGGAUUCUAAUGUUUUUGUGGGGAGUUCGAUGAUUAAUAUGUAUGCAAAGUGCCGUAAAAUGGAAGAUGCAAGAGAGAUAUUUGACUCAUUGGAUGAUAAAAAUAUAGUAUUGUGGAAUGCAAUGCUUGGAGGUUAUGUUCAAAAUGGAUAUGUUUAUGAAGUCGUGGAGUUGUUCAUGAAGAUGAGGAAUUAUGGUUUUCAAGCUGAUGAGUUUACAUAUACUAGCAUUCUUAGUGCAUGUGCCAUGUUGAAAAAUAUGAGACUGGGAUGUCAGUUACAUUCACUUAUUAUUAAGAACAAGUUGGGAUCAAGCUUAUAUGCAGGAAAUGCGUUAGUAGAUAUGUAUGCAAAAACGAGUGCUCUAAAUGAUGCCAGAAAACAGUUUGAACUCAUAAGAAACCGAGACCAUGUUUCCUGGAAUUCAAUCAUUGUGGGAUAUGUGCAAAAUGAAGAGGAAGAAGAGGCUUUCAACUUGUUCUGGAAAAUGAGGUCAGCAGGGGUUUCUCCUGAUGAGGGGUCAUUGGCUAGCAUACUCAGUGCUUGCUCGAAUAUUCAGUCAUAUGAGAGAGGUGUGCAGAUGCAUUGUUUCCUGAUCAAGUAUGGACUAGAAACAAGUCUAUUUGCUGGGAGCUCUCUUAUUGACAUGUACGUGAAGUGUGAGGAGACAAUGGCUGCACAUAAAGUUUACUCGCGGAUGACUGAGAGAAGUGUUGUCUCUUUGAAUGCCUUAAUUUCAGGAUAUGCUCAAACAAAUAUUGAGGAAGCUGUUCGUAUAUUGUACACUAUGCUAGAUCAAGAACUGAAACCAUCAGAAGUCACCUUUGCUUGUCUUUUGGAUGCAUGCAAUGGACCUUCGAAGCUGCACUUUGGGAAGCAAAUACAUAAUGCAAUCAUAAAGGUUGGCCAUUCUUACGGGGAUGAAUACUUGGCUGUCUCUCUUUUAAGUAUGUAUAUUAACUCCCAGGAAAAGGCAGAUGCAGCUCGUCUGUUUUCAGAAUUACCCAGUCCAAAGAGUACAGUUCUAUGGACUGUUGCUAUAUCAGGGUACACCCAAAAUGAUUCUAGUGAGGAGGCGUUACUCUUAUUCUAUGAAAUGCGUCAUCAUAAUAGUAUGCCAGACCAAGCAACAUUUGUUAGUAUCCUCAGAGCAUGUGCAGUUUCUGUUUCUUUGAGUAAUGGCAGAGAGAUCCAUUCUCUUGUAUUUCAUACUGGAUUUGACUUGGAUGAAUUGACAUGUAGUGCCCUCGUAGACAUGUAUGCAAAAUGCGGAGAUAUCACAAGUUCAGCACAAGUUUUUGGUGAAAUGCUCAGCAAGAGAGAUGUUAUUUCAUGGAACUCUAUGAUUGUGGGAUUUGCAAAGUAUGGGCAUGCUGAAAAUGCGUUGGAAACUUUCUAUGAGAUGAAACAGGCUAAUAUAAAACCCGAUGAAGUCACAUUUCUCGGGGUCCUUGGUGCCUGUAGUCAUGCAGGUUGGGUAUCUGAAGGUCGCAGGAUCUUUGACACGAUGACCGACUAUUACAAGAUUAAGCCACGAGUAGAUCAUUGUGCUUGCAUGAUUGAUCUCCUUGGGCGAUGUGGGCUUCUGGAAGAAUCGGAGGCCUUAAUUGAGAAACUAGAGUUUCAAAACGAGCCAAUGAUAUGGGCCGCAUAUCUUGGCUCUUGCAAAUUACAUGGGGAUGACAUAAGAGGAAAACUCGCCGCUGAGAAACUCUUUGAGUUGGAACCACAAAGUUCUUCCGCCUAUGUUCUGCUUUCAAAUAUAUAUGCUGCCUCAGGUAAUUGGGAUGGGGUCAAUUUAGUGAGGAGAGAUAUGAAAGAAAAGCAGGUAAGAAAGUUUCCCGGAUGUAGUUGGAUUGCAUUGGGGAAGAAAACAAAUUUAUUUCUUGCGGGAGAUGAUUGUCAUCCUGAUUCGGAUAAAAUACACGAGUUUCUGAAGGAUUUGACAGCAAUGAUGAAAGAAGAUAGUUAUGCUGCUGAGGUUGGAUCUUGUAUGCAGAUUGAAGGCGAAAACUCUAGCUCUACUCUCAUGUGAGAAGAAACAGCCUAUGAAGAGAAUAGUUAACAUACCGGAAUGUUGUGCUUUCUAUUUCAAAAUCAAUCCUGUAAAAAGGCUGGGCUUCUAAUACGUAUAUUUUUAAACCUGGAAAGCAAAUGCAUGCAAACCAAGAAAAUGUUUACUAAAAAUAUACGUAAAGAUGUGAAGUUGAAGUGAUACUUGAUUUACAAGUUUCACAUGAUAGCGAUAUCUAGAUUCACGGAUCUUUAACAAAAUAUAUCUAUCUUUGAUAUCCUUUCCUAGUACCUGUUCUCUUUACCUGUUGGAGGCAGGAGUCCAGUUCCGAGACUUGGUUGUUGAGGACAAUUUUUCAUCAGGCAUCUGCCUUUUUUUUUUUUUCUUUCUGAAAAAGUGAGUUAGGAAUCGGGAUUUGAGCUGGUGGAGAUGUACGCAGUAGUUGUACUGAAGCUAUGAUUUAGCCAUAGACAUGGUGAACAGAAUGUAGACACUUGACCGCUAUCAUGCCAAAGACGACCUUGCGGCAAAUGAAGAAAUAUGCAGGUAUAUGGAGGUGGAUGUAAAAAAGCAGCAGUUUGUUUUAUUCUUGUCUUUAAGCUGUACUCUGUAGUCGACCCUGAUCAUAUGCCUCUUAAGCUGGGGGCUCUGAUACUGUAUAGGCUACUUAUUCUUCUCCAGGGUUCUCUCAGCACUACUGCUAGUGGUAUAUUUUUGACUUAUGGUAGACUCGAACCAUUGCAUUCGUUAGUCUUUUACUCUUGAUUUAGCUAAACCAGGAAACCAGUAAAUUUUGAUUAAAUAUUUCAAAGUACAAAAGUAGGAAAAAUUCUCAUUCA